GACAAUUGAGGGAGGCCCGCCAUGCACCCGACGCUCGCCGCGCUCUCGAAAGCCUCCCGGCGGGCACUCACGCCCAAGCGCGGAAACAAGGACUUUUACAAGGGGACGAGACAAGCGUUUCUGCCGGGGGCCCACCGCACGGGCGCGCCGGGCAAGUUCGUCGUCCGCGGCAAGGCGAAGUACCGCCUGGUCGACGAGCAGGUGCGCGUGUUCGUCGCGCCGCCCGUGGAGGAGCUCAACGCUGCGCGGCUAAAACCGUACGUCGACGCCACGGUCAAGCUCUCGAGUGCGCAGCGCAACGAGGUGUUCGGGAAGCUGCCGAGCGGCGGGCUGGACGGCGCGCGCUACCUGCAGGUCGCGCCGAAGGAGGAGCAGCUCGCGCAGGUGGUGAUGAAGGAGCUGUGAAGGUCCGAGUACGAGGUGGUGCGGAGACGGGCGGGCGGGGAACUCAAGUCCCUGGGAUGCCUUGAGCCCCGGGCGAAGCGACUGGAAAUGUCCCUCGCAAAAGCCUGCGCCGUGGCUGGUGCAGUAGUGGCUCCGGUCCCGAGAGGGCUGUUUCGAAAAACCGCAGACCGCCGCUCAGCAUCUUUAGUCUGAAAUGCCAGCGCACAUCCGUAUAUCUCAUGUAUUUGAUUCUCCCCGAUCAUAAUAAGUAUCUAUCGUAUGACGGCC